CCACACCUCACCACUCACUGUGCACUUCCCUGCCGCUGCUCCCUUCCCGCCACUGCACCUCCGCCGUCGAGAUGCCCAAGCGCACCUUGGGAGGGAGUGCCGACGCCAUGGCGUACGAAGCAUCCAAGCCCCGUGCAAAGCUGGACAUGGAGAAACCCGUCCCCGCCAGCGAGGGGUCGAGCGGACAACAGGGCAGCCUUGAUGUUAUCGACGACAUCCAGGCUCUUCCGCCGGAGCAGCUGGCUCCUCCGCCGGAGCAGGUGGCACCUACGCCAAAGCAGGUGGCUCCUCCACCGAAGCAGGUGACUCCCCUGCCACGCCAUCUACCUCCUCUGCCGCAGCCCGUGGUAGACGGCAACGACGACGGAGAAGAGGUACUAACUGACGACGUCGACAGCGACCCAGAAACCCAGAGGAUCUACACGAGGCGCAAGGGGAGGAAAUUGGACAAUGGGUUGCACGAUAAACGUGUCAGGCCUAGAAUCGGAAGGGAGGGCUACAUAUGCCAUUUUUGCAACAAGUUGAUGAAAGGCAGUCUGACGAGUGCCAUUCAGCAUGCACUCGGAACAACGCGUGGCUCCCUCAAGAAUGGCUACGCUUUCAGGGUGGUGCACGCUGUUGGAAUUAUGCCCUAG